AUGGUGGUCAGGAUUCGUCUCUCGCGGUUCGGAAGACGGCAUCAGCCGUUUUACAACAUUGUCGUCGCCCAGGCACGAUCAGCCCGCGACUCCAAACCCCUCGAAGUCAUCGGCACCUACAACCCCAUCCCCCAGAAACCGACGAACCUGACCGAUGAAGAAGCGCAAACCGCGAAGCCGUACAAGGAGAUUACGCUCGACCGGUCGCGCGCCAAGUACUGGCUUGGUGUGGGCGCGCAGCCCAGUGACACAGUGUGGCGGUUACUGAGCAUGGUUGGCCUCGUUGAGCCCAAGCGGAAGAACUAG